AUGGUUCAGUUUAACGAAGUGUUUUGGGGUGAUAGAGGAUUUGAAGUUUUGUCAACUAAUUUAAAAAAUGGAAUUGUGGCUAUCGAAGAGUUUCAACGUUUUUUAAAUGAAAGUUCUCAGUGUGAAUCAAACUAUUGUAAAAGUUUGAGUCGUAUAUCGAGUCAGCUGGUUAAAGUUCAAAAUGUUGGUACUUUUUCUCCAGUAUGGAUGGCUAUUCGAGAUUUAUUAGAAAAAAUAACAUCAGCUCACACAACAACUGUUUCAUUGUAUCAGGAUUUAAUUCAUGAUGUUCACUCGUAUCAUGAUGCAUAUAAUAGAAAAUUAAAAGUUCAAAUUCAGAAAGAUAUGGAUAUAAUAAAAAGUUCCGAUCUCAUUCAACAAUUGAAUCAAAUACAGAAUAAUUUAAAUAAAGCUAAAGAACAAUAUCAUACAGUAGCCUUGGAUUAUGAACGAACUAAACGUGAUUUAAAACGAAAUGGAUUUAAUCAGAAUAUCAGUGGUACAAUGGGAAAUAGCGGAAAUAUGAAUGAGAUGAACAGUGGUGGUCAACAACAAGGCACUCCUUUGUCAAAUACAUUUGGAACAUUAACAUCAUCAAACAGACACUUUGAACGUUUAGAAAAAAAAUAUCGUCAGACAAAUGAAGAGUAUCGAUCAUUAAUCGAAAAAUAUAAUACAAUACGAAAUGAAUUCGAAAAACGUUUUUAUGAUUCUAGUAAUAAAUUUCAAGAUUAUGAAACAGAGCAUAUGCAGACAAUGUUGAAACAUUGUCAACAUUAUUCAGAAUUAUUAAAACAAAAUAAUGAACAUACAAAACUGGCACAAACAGAAUUUAAUGAUAAAUUAAAUAUGUUUACUAUACAAGAUUUGUUAGAUACAUUUGUUGAACAGAAAAAAACUGGUACAGAACGACCUAUGAUGUUACAGUUUGAAGAAGUAGAUAACUUAAAAAUGUUACCCUCAUUGUCAAACCCAACAAAUACUCAAGGCCC